CGCCUCGUCACUAACUGCAGCGCGCUACAAAACGAAACGAACACCCCACCACCACCACCACCGCCUCCACCACCACCACAUACGCGCCAUGGCCGACUCAAGCAGCAAAAAGCGUCAGCACGACUCGCGCGAUGACAAUUCCGGCAAAAAGAACAAGACAAAUCACCAGUGGAAGAAGAACAAUUUCCAAACGUUGACGGGAAUCGAGCUGGGAUGGCAGGGGAUCUUUGCGACGUGUGAUAAAGGACGAGAGAGUAGGGCUGUGGCGGAGAUGUACUCUAUACUCGAGGAGUGCGCUUCAAAACUCUACCCCGACAUGAAGAAAGACGGCGAAGGCGCAGCGGACUCGGACGAUGAGGAGGAAGACAUAGAGUCAGCGAUCAAGAAGGAAUUGGCGGACAACAAAGACAAGAAGAAGAAAGACACGCGGUCAAUUGCCUCUGUGAAGAUUGACACCAUGUGUGUGACAUUCUUUCGCCUGAAACCCCCACUUGAGGCGACCGGCAUGGUCCGCGCACUCUGCGAGUCUGCGAGUAACCCCGUCGGCGGCUCGAUUCGCAGCAAGUUCGUGCACCGCCUUACGCCCGUAACGCGGACGGGGAAGGCUACGCUCGAGGGGCUGAGGGAGGUUGCUGCGGAGGUGUUGAAGCCGCAUUUUCACAGUGGACAGGAAGGGAUUAAAUUCGCCAUCCGUCCAACAACCAGAAACCACAGUAUCCUCAAGCGCGACGAAAUAAUCCGCACGAUUGCGUCGUGUGUAGGACCAUCGCAUACGGUCGACCUCAAAAAUCCAGAUCUUCUCAUCCUCGUGGAGCUCUACAAGAAUGUUUGCGGAAUGAGUGUUGUCACUGAUUUCGAGAAGCUGAAGCGAUUCAACUUUGGGCAGCUACAAAUUGAUGCUAGUAGUGGCGGUGGUGAGGAUGAGAAGAGGGAGGGUGAGAGUAAGAAGGUGGUGCCUACUGUUGAGGAGGUUGAGCCCAAGAACGAAGAGGUUGAGCCCAAGACUAAGGAGGUUGAGGACAAGAAGCCGGAAGAAUAAUCGCACAUCUAGAGUUCUUGAAUGGCAAGUAGUGUCUAGAGGUCUUGACCGCGAACAAGCGAUGGAGGUUUAGGUAACUAAGUCUUGAUGUUAUCACUGGUUACAUGAUGUGAUCUAUAUAGCUUACAGCCGAAAGACGGAUGUAUACUUAUCCAUACAACUUAUCACUCGGCUA